ACCGAUCAGUUCACCUGAACUCCUGAGGAGCGUUCAAGUGCACGCAGGUGAGCUUCGUGGGUCACUUUCGAUUGAGAUAACAUUUACCCGACAGUUCCUGGUGGUUUGGCGUGACUUAAUAACACUUUCGGUGAACUUUAGCCGCAAACGAAAGUGAGUUUGUUUAUGUCAAAAAGUCUCCAAACACACUUCAUAGGAAUGUGGCGGAUCUAAACAAGCAUACAUACGUGAGUACACAGUGAGUUUGGUCGCAGGAUAAGUUUAAGAAGUGCAUAAAAGGAAACCAUGGCAACGGGUGGAUUUAAAUCUAACAGCGCAACGGACUUUUUGGAGGAAUGGAAAGCUAAGCGCGAGAAGAUGAGAGCGAAGUUGCUCGGGGACAUCGCCGCCGCUACCGGGAGAAACACGGAGUUAAACAACAACGGAAGCUCGGUAAACUGCGUGUCGCCUUCGCCCGCGUAUCCCGUGGCCCGGUCUAACUCUUUGAGGCGACCGAAGGACGAGCCGGAAACAUCCGAACCGCCCGGGGGAAACUUGAAGAAGACGCCGGAGAAAGUGAGUGGAGUCCCGCAGACGGAGGGUUCCAGCCCGGUCGGGGUGGAUGACAGUGAUAAGGACAGUCCAACACACGCCAAGAGCAAAGAGAAGAAGAGCCAGGGACCCAGCGCAAGGAAAGGCAAAGGACAGAUCGAAAAAAGAAAGCUAAGAGAGAAGAGAAGGUCGACAGGUGUUGUCAGCAUUCCGUCCAAUGAGAGCCUGGAUGAGCUUGACGACGAUGAUGGUGAGGAGAAGGAAAGUAAGAUGGAAGAAAAUCUUACACAGCACAACACGGUACAAAAUGAGGCAAUGACUCCUGACCCCGAAGCGGCUCACUUAAUACAGGACACUCCGAGAUCCAGAUGUCAUAAGAGUGAUGAAGACGGUGGAGGGAACAGACAUCGUCAUCGGCAAGUAAAGGAAGGCAGCACCCAGGAGAGGAGAAUAGAGGAACUUGAGAGGGAGCUGACAUUUGAGAGACAGGAGAACGCUCGCCUGUUGAAUGCCCAUCAAGACAAAGAUGAACUGAUUGUUAAACUCAAGGAGGAGAUCGACCUGCUAAACAGGGAUCUGGAUGACAUUGAAGACGAGAACGAGCAGCUGAAACAGGAGAAUAAAACCUUGCUCAAAGUCGUUGGCCAACUUACAAGGUAGAACCGAGCAACCUAAAGAUCACAAUGGAGUCUUUCGAUGUCUUGCUGUGGUAGACGGAGGGGUUUUCCUAAAGAACACCACAACCUCUCCAUUCUUCACUUUGUCAACAUUUCUUUGCUCUCUGAAAGAGAAUCUGGAGGCUACAAGAAGCUGGAGAGCCAGUAGAUCUCCAGAUGUAGAAACAAAGCCACGCAAUUGCAGUGUUCCUUUGUUAUAAGGAAGUGAUCUUCUAUUUAAUGUAAAUGUGUAUGUACAUAGUCUGUGCCAAGGGCUGUUUUAAGGCUUGCAUUAGAUGAGGAAAUACAACCGACUGUACAUGGUGCGGCAUCAAAUUUGUAUUGGUUUUAAUAUUUUUUCCUUCCAGUUCCAAUGGUUUUCACAAUUACAAUUGUGGCAACCUAUUUGGUAUACCUGUUAGAUCUUGAUGUUAUUCUGCCCCUUUUUCUCACACUUACAAAUAAUUGCUACCAUGAUAAUCAAUUUAAGGCCUUGUGAAACAAGUAGUAAAACAAAAGCAAAAGAGUCUGUUAGCCCCAAUCUGAGUUUAUUUUAACCCUGGUAACUAACGAUACUCUAUAGCAGUUGAUGGUACGUGGUGCAAUUCUGUCAAAUUCUGAGUCAUCCAGUCUUUUUUGCCCAGAAACAAAAUGGAUGACUGGUAAGAUGUGCUGUAUGAAAUGUUAUCAUUUAUCAUAUGAUCUUUAAAUUGUACACAAUUCAAGAGGUUUACAAAUUGUUUGAUUUGUGGUAUCAAUUAGAUAGCUAUUCAUUUUGUAUGGUUAGCAAGAUUAAUAGCCUAGGCUGCACAUUUUUAAUUAAGCAAAUUAAAUAAAGAUGUUAUUAAAUGCAUUCAUGUGGUCUCUUACAGCCAAUAAAGCUGCAAUAUGACAUCUAUUUUAAAUUGCAAUUGUGCUGUUUCGUCACCACUUUGGGGUUCAUAUCUAUACUGAUAAUAAUCUACAAUGCUUAUGACAUGUAUUCUGUAAAAUAAUUGAAGGGGCUUGUCUGUUUAUAAGCCGUAAUGCAUGUACAAUACAGAAAAUUGAAUAAAGGUUUCAAUAAAAAUCUCA